AGAGGCUGUUAUUGAUUUUCUGGGCUUGGCCCUUUUGACAGCUCGUAUCUAUUUUAUUUUUUUAAAAUAAUUUCCAUUGUCAGACCAUUGAAACCGGCGGGAAGGAGUGAAACUGAUUAAAAAGUCCACCGAAGGGAACCAUGGAAGAGCCCGGGCGGCUGCAGCUCCUCCAGGAGAUGCGAGCGCAAAAUUUCGACCUGAUAAGGUUCGCAGGAUACAGGACAGCGUCAAAACUACGCUUCUUGCAGAAAAAGCUCAACCUUCAUUUAGUCGACAUCUGGAAUGUGAUUGAGGCUUUUAGAGAGCAUUCGUUGAAUACGCUUGAAAUUGAGGAGGCUGAAUUGUCUGUGGCAAGGCUGGAGUCGCUUGUCUCCUCGUUGUAUAGGACGCUGAACAAGCGGCUUCCGCCUUCCCAGCAGGUUUCCAUUGAGACGAAUUCAAACCAUCUUUUAAACUGGCUCCUCUCGGCAUACUCGGUCGAGACGCUCGGAAGGAUCAGGGUUUUCUCCAUCAAAGUCGCCCUCGCUACGAUGUCUUCGGGCAAGCUGAUGGACAAGCUCAGAUACAUUUUCUCCCAGAUUUGUGAUGAAAACGGUCACAUGAUCGUAUCAAAGUUUUCACUCUAUUUGAAGCAAGUACUCGCCUUGCCGGCUUCUGUGUACGAGAGCCCCAGUUUUGUAUUUAGGGAGGAACUUGCCACAGAAGUCUUUGGAGGGAAUGGCAAGGUGACUGUAAACGAUUUUCUAGACACUCUCAUGAGUGAUCCUGGCCCACCAGUACUGGUUUGGCUGCCUCUUCUCCAUCGAAUAGCCAGUGUUGAAAAUGUCAUCCAUGGCCUUCAGUGUGAUUGCUGUCUCACGUACGAUUUUGCCGGGUUCCGCUAUCGUUGUGUAAAAUGCAGUUCAUAUAAUAUGUGUCAGCAAUGUUUUUGGCUUGGACGUUCCUCAGGAAACCACACGCUAGACCAUGAAGUCCGAGAAUACACGAGCUAUAAGUCUCCGAGUAAGCAAAUAGGCCACUCUUUAAGGAAAAGUUUUCGCUGUGUGCCAGAGAAAUCGAGAUCUCUCCCGAGAUAUCCUGACCAACCGGAAAAGCCACUCAAUUUGUCACACAUCGUACCCCCUUCACCAUUAUUAAACCAUAACGGCUUCCCUGAUUACGGCUACGACAGCCUGGAUAGUAGAACAAACGCCAGAAGCCCUGGUAAAAGCAUACAAUCUUUAAGGUUGGACGAUGAACAUAAGCUUAUAGCGCGUUAUGCAGCACGUUUAGCUCAGGAAGUACAAGCGGGCCGGACACCUACUGAAACAUCCCUCAAUCUUGAUACUUCCAGGGCGCAGAGGGAACUUAUUCUCCAGCUGGAGGCCAAAAACAGGGAGAUAAUGAGAGAAAUAACAAGGCUGAGAAGGCAGCAGGAGAGUGUUGGGACAGAAGAGAACCCUGCACUCAUGAGUGAAUUACGCGCCCUUCGUAAAAGAAAGGAUGAGCUGGAAACGCAUCUCACCUCGCUUCAAGACUCCAGAAGGCAUCUAAUGCUUCAGUUAGAAGGGCUAAUGAAAUUACUUAAGAAUCACCAGUCGUCACCGAAAUCGACUCCAAACAGCUCCCCAAGGGGUUCAAAAAGCCCACCACCCUCGUCGAGAUCUGCGCCGCCUACGCCCAACUCAGAAGCAUCUCGUCUCAGCCAAGGCUUCGUGUCAAAUACCAGUUUAAACAAGCAGCGAUCGGUUUGUUCUGAGCUGCUACAGGCUGCGGAUUCGGUCACAAAUGCAAUGUCCUCACUUGUCUCCCAGCUUAAUUCAGAAUCUGACACCGAAAUUACGCCUACGGAAGAUCGUAUGAGAAGAUCAACUGAAUUUGAGGAGCAAUGGAGGGAACCAAGUUAUACAUAUCAGUCGAAGGAAACGGAAGAAAACGAGGAAAACGUCGUAGUGGCUCACCGGAAAAAGUCUGAUUCGGAUAUAUGGUACAACAGAUAAAGGAAAAGGCGAAGAUAGGAAAAACAAAAAA